AUGUCUUUGCUGAUUUCACAACAUCCUGUCAAGUUUGCGACAGAAAAACCUAUUCACAGCGCACAGAAACCGAAGUACGCGAACGUAGUGCUUCUGGAUGUCACGGGCUGGGAUCAGUUUCCAGUUCUUCGGUUCAAGAAACAGUUCCGUGAUAACCCCUGUCACUUCAUCGAUGCUCGCUUUAUCGUUCUCGUGACGCGAUCGUGUUUCCUAGAAGAUCGUUCUACAAUAGUACAGUUUUUCGAUGACCAAGGUAUAGUAAACUACGCCAUUAUACCAACGCCAUCGAGUGCUCUUGAACGAGUGGAUAACAUCAGUAUCUACACCGAAAACCGCUUCUCCAAGGAGCAGAUCUUCGUGCAACUGAAUGAUCUCGACAACAUGCAUCGCCUGUUCCCGAACAAGCUAAUCGAUCUGUACGGCUAUCAUAUUCGGAUCGGUGUUAAGCAAACCGAUUUGCCGUACAUGGUGAUAAGGAGAAAAACGAAUGACUUCUUCGGCACGUUGAAUUAUAUAUUCAAAAACAUUGGUACCAAUAUUCUAAAUUUAACGUUCACUUUCUUUACACAAGAUACGAAAAUUUACGAUGGUGACGCUUACUACAGCAUUACCUUUCAACGAGAUCAUUUCCAGCACGAGGUAGCUUUCCGUGACAUGGGUGGGAUGUGUCUUUUAUGCCCAGUGCGUCAGGACAAAUAUUUCUUGCUACAUCUCUUUAAGCCGUUUUCCUUCGGUGCUUGGAUUUUCCUGGGAGGAGUUUUGGUAGUUUGCUGCAUCUUGCGACUACUAUUCCCCUCCAUUUUUCGGUACGAUCCGAUUCUGCAGGCGGUCUUUGGAGUCAUCGGCAACGAAUACAACCAAGCAUUUCCGGCCCGAGCGGUGUUGUUUGGUCUAUCUUGGUUAUCAUUUUUCUUCUCCAGAACCUGCAUAGGCCGGAUCAUGGCACUGAUGUCUCUAGGACAAUUCUCUAAACGACCGAGGACAAUUGCCGAGUUUAUGCAGUCCGAUUAUAUGAUGGCGAUACAAAAAGAUGAACGUGCACAUUUCCCUCUGGAUGAUUUCAUUUCAAAAAUACUCGACCAGCACGAAUUUGAACAGUUACGGGGGAAAAUCGGCAUGAAUUACCGCCUCCAGUACUGCUCCCUAGAGCCUUGCGGCCUGGCAUAUUUUCUGACAGUGCGGCAUAUUCACAAAUUCAGCCUCGAUUUUUUCGUCAUCAAAGAAAGCAUUGUGCCAUAUCCACGUACGUUGCAGUUUGCUACAAAUUCGCCUAUCGUCACGGUGAUAUCCCGCUACCUUGGAUUGUUUUAUGAAACUGGACUAUGGAACAUCAUUUACAAAAUGCAUACGGAUAUACUGGAAAUGGAACCUGAAUCGAGAAAUACUAUUUCGGAAGUGGUCUUCUCUUUCGAUGAUCUGGUGAGUGUGUGGAUCUUGCUUGGUGGGGGUUUGUUGAUCAGUACCGUUCUUUUUCUUGGAGAACUGAUAAGCAAGAAACGAAUGUGA